UGGGCGCAUUCAGAGCAGGAUGUGCUGAGGGGGGAGCGGAUUACCAGACUUAUAACUGCUGGGGAGAGACGCCAUGCAGCGGCCGGGACUACCGCAGUGAAUUCUACUGGACUUUAUUUGUUUCCGGGAGGAGCGAAUGUGGCAGGCGGAUCUCGUGUCUUUUCAGAGGGGAAAUGAGUAACAGCGGAGUGCAGGGAGCCGGGACCAGGACGGCGGGCGUCGGGGCGAAUGGACCUGUGCCGGGCGGCCCGGUGGGCUCCACGCAGAGCCCGCCGCUCUCCCCGGUGGAGCUGGAGGAAGAGCCUCAGUCCUCUCUGACGGACGUCACCCAGAUGUGGAUUAAAUUUGCCAAGACGUUCGCCAUCAUCUUCCCCAUCUACGUGCUGGGAUACUUUGAGUUCAGCUUCAGCUGGGUGCUGAUCGGACUCGCCGUGUUUUUCUGGUGGAGGAAAAACCACGGCAGCAAGAACUACAGGAUAAACCGUGCCUUAGCUUUCCUGGAGCACGAGGAGAAGGCAGUGCGGCAUUGUGUAGCUACUUCGGAGCUGCCACCAUGGGUCCAUUUUCCAGACGUGGAGAGAGUGGAGUGGCUGAACAAGACGGUGAAGCAGAUGUGGCCGUUCAUCUGUCAGUUUGUGGACAAGUUGUUCAGGGAAACCAUCGAGCCGGCGGUGAAGGGCGCCAACCCUCACCUCAGCUCCUUCUGCUUCACCAAGAUCGACAUGGGCGACAAGCCUCUGAGAGUGAACGGGGUGAAAGUUUACACUGAGAAUGUGGACAAGAGGCAGAUAAUCAUGGACCUGCAGAUCAGUUUUGUGGGGAAUACAGAAAUCGAUGUGGACAUCAAGAAAUACUAUUGCAGAGCUGGGAUCAAAAGUAUACAGCUUCAUGGAGUGAUGCGGGUGGUGAUGGAGCCGCUGCUGGGCGACAUGCCUCUGGUCGGAGCCCUGUCCGUCUUCUUCCUCAAGAAACCCCUGCUGGACAUCAACUGGACGGGACUCACCAACAUGCUGGACAUUCCCGGUGUCAAUGGUUUGUGUGACAACAUCAUCCAGGACAUCAUCUACAGCUACCUGGUUCUGCCCAACCGCAUCACCAUCCCUCUGGUGGGAGACGCCCAGCUGGCCCAGCUCCGCUUCCCCAUGCCCAAGGGCGUCCUGCGGAUCCACUUCCUGGAGGCCCAGGACCUGCUGGGGAAGGACAAGUUCCUGGGCGGGCUGAUCAAAGGCAAGUCGGACCCGUACGGAGUCCUCCAGAUCGGAAACCAGCUGUUCCAGAGCAAAGUCAUCCACGAGACCGUCCAUCCCAAGUGGAACGAGGUGUACGAGGCCCUGGUGUACGAACACUCAGGACAGCACCUGGAGAUCGAGCUGUUCGAUGAAGACACGGAUAAAGACGACUUCCUGGGAAGUCUGAUGAUUGACAUGGCCGAGCUCCAGAAGGAACAGAAGGUGGACGAGUGGUUUGUGAUGGAUGAAGUGGCGACAGGGAAGCUGCAUCUCAAGCUGGAGUGGUUAUCUCUGCUCCCCACGCCCGAGAAACUGGACCAGGUGUUGACGAGCAUCAGAGCCGACCGCGGCCACGCCAACGACGGCCUCUCGUCCGCUCUGCUCGUGGUUUUCCUGGAUUCAGCCCGAAACCUGCCGCGCAAUCCGUUAGAGUUCAACCAGCAGGGGCUGAAGAAGGCCUCAGUCAGUAAGGCCAUCAAGUCUGGUAAAAAAGUGAGCAGCGAUCCCAGUCCGUUCGUCCAGUUCAGAGUGGGGCACAAAUCCUUCGAGAGUAAGACGAGAUACAAGACCAACGAGCCGGUGUGGGAGGAGGCCUUCACCUUCCUCAUCCACAACCCCAAAAGCCAAGAGCUGGAGGUCGAGGUGAAGGAUGAGAAGCACGAAUGCUCGCUGGGGACGCUGACGCUGCCGCUGAGUCGCCUGCUGGAGGCCCAGGACAUGACCAUGAACGAGCGCUUCCCCCUCAAGAACUCGGGACCGAGCUGCACCCUCAAGAUGAAGAUGGCGCUCCGGGUUUUGUGUCUGGACAAGAGCGCCUCCUCGUCCUCAGACUCCACCCCCUCCACCGUGCAGGUCCGCAAGGCCAGCACGUCCAACCCGAGCCCGACGCCGCGGCCCUCCGUCUCCUCCGACUCCCCCCAGCCUCCGGCCUCGGCCCCCGACAUCCCGCGCUCCGCCUCGGUGUCGGCGCAGGACCUGCUGAACCGGCACCGGGGCGAGCCCGAGGAGCCGGCCAGAUCCCUGGGAGGACUGGACGGCGGGCAGGGCAGAGGAGGGGCAGGAGGAGGAGGUGGAGGAGGAGGCCUGGCGGACGCCGGGAGGAGCACCUCCAACCUGGCCAUCUCAGGCUCCCAGCAGUACCUGGCAGGAAUCGGCGGCAAGGAGCCGACGCCCAGCAUCGCCUCGGACAUCUCCAACCCGUACGCCGCGCAGGAGCUGCAGCAGAGACUCCGGCAGCUGCAGAAUGGCUCAGGGCCCAGUCAUUUCCCUCUGGGUGAGAUCCAGCUGACGGUCAGGCACAGCUCCCAGAGGAACAAGCUCAUCGUCGUGGUGCACGCCUGCAGAAACCUGAUCGCGUUCACCGACCACGGGUCCGAUCCCUACGUCCGCCUCUACCUGCUCCCCGACAAACGCCGGUCAGGCAGGAGGAAAACUCACACGCAUAAGAAAACCCUCAACCCUGUUUACGACCAGAUAUUUGAGUUCAGUGUUUCCCUGGUGGAGCUCCACAGGAGAACUCUGGAUGUGGCGGUGAAGAACGGAGGAGGUCUGCUCUCCAAACACAAAGGCCUGCUGGGAAAGGUGCUGGUGGAUCUGACCUACGAGGACAUCGCCAAGGGCUGGACACAGUGGUAUGAGCUGAGUGAAGACGGCCUGACGAAGCCCCACCAACUGUAGGCGACAGCCGGAAGAGUCAUCACCACCAUCAUCAUCAUCAUCAUCGUCAUUUUUUUUUGUAUUAUUUUCAUUAUUUGUAUCUGUAUUAAAAAAAAAACAAAAAGAGCUUUUGAUAUUCAUUUACUCACAUCAGUCGCAAUGCAAUCUUCCCCUUUAAGAAAAGCUAAAGGACGUAUACCCAUAGAGCACCGUGUAGGGCAGUUACACUGAGUCUAUAUUCCAUAUUUAUAGAGGAAAUCGUUAAGGACUUGUAGAGGAAAACGAGGAUCUAUUUUUUUUUUUUUUUUUUGCUCUUGCUGUUACGAGCGACGCUGUACAACCUGUAAAUAUGUACAAUGAUGCUGGACAAAAACUGAAGGUAUAUAUUCUAGAGAUAAGAGAGAGGUGUGCUCUUUUUGCUCGGUGAAAGUGAUUGUUUGUAAAUUCUUUCUUUCUUUCUUUUAUUGUUUUUUUUAUUAUUAUUAUUAUUAUUGUUAAGAAAAUCGUCCUGGGCAGACUGUCGGAGGCAGGAGUGAAGCAGUUUGCGCCCGACGCCACCAAAGACACGACAAGUCUUUUUGUUUUAUUUUGUCGGGAACUCUCGGCACCGGCCUUUUUUUCACAGAUUAUUAAUCUGUGUGUGAUGGUGAGCAGGGUUGAAGGCGGUUUUGCUGCGCCACACAGAAACUAAAAGGCCUUUGCCAAGUGUUUCCUGUUUUCCUGUAUGAGUUUUAAUUUCUUUUUUAACCCAACAUUUGAAUAUUUGCACAUCUCUCGUCUGUGUUUUUUUUUUUUUUUUUUUUUUUUUUAAUUCUACCGGGGAUCAUGUGUAUUGUAAGUCACGUUUUAAGCCAUGUUCAGUUAAUCAUGUUUAACUUUGUUUGAUUGAUAAGUUGCAAAUAUGUCCAUUUGAACAGGUAAUUUCACAUCGGAGGAAAAAGACGUUUUAUUUUUUCAUAAAUGGAAAAAAAAGGGUGAGGAUAGUUUCAGUACAAUAUUUUCUGGAAAAAAUGGCAGCCCUUUGAAUUAUGACACAAGAAAAUUCUUUUAAAGAUACUUUAGCAAAAAAAAAAAAAAAUUAAAUUGGAUUUUUGUAGUAUUUUCUUUUUUUUGAGAGAUGAGAGAUUUUAAUAUUGUUUUGAAAUUACAUGUUGAAAUUGGCAUUUUUUUGCAGCGCCUCACAGCAUUUGAACAAAUCCGAGGUCAAAUCUGUCUGGACGGUCCGGAGUGAGUUUGUGAACGAACGUCAGUCUUAAUCCCUGCACUGUUACGGAGGACGAGCUGCUUUCAACACGUCCUUUUUUUUUUUUUUUUUUUUUAAGUGUGUGUUUUGUGUACAUAAAGCUGUCAGCAUGCACGUCAUAUUAUAAACACAACCUUUACUUUCCGCCAUGCCUGCUCAGAAAUAAGCCACACAUAUACGCACCGCCGCAGGAUUUAGGUUAAAGGGAUUCAUAAGUCGCUCUGCAUAUCCGAGCACACACACACACACACUCACACACACACACACACACACACACACACACACACACAAGGCUAACACAUUCAUGAUGUAUGUGGCCCUGCAGAGCCAAAGAGCAGUUAACUACAUCAGAAAAAUGCAAAAUUUCCAGGCAUGUAUGACUUGUAUGGUAUUUAAUUAGACAUCAAAACCCUAGUCAUGACCUUUGACCCUUAAAGUCGCCGGUGAGCUCUAGGCCUCUGUAGGGCAGCAGUGCAGUGAAAAUAUCAAGCGUCAGCAAAGUAUUUUAUAUAUCGUGUACACGGUGCCAUUAUGCAUUCAAUGUAUUUGUUUUUUUUUUAUUUGUUUUCCAGCUGUCUUGUCCUGUAUUUUUUUUUUUUUUUUUUAAGAAACUGUGUAUGUUUAAGCCAUUUGAUUUGGAAAAAAAAACGAUGUCUCUGGGGGUCGAGUGCGUCCUCCAAACGGCGGUUUGUCUUCUCCGUCUUCUUAAUUUAUCUUGUGCCUUAAAAAUCCACCUGACCCAGAUAUUAACAGUGUGUGUGAACAACAACAACAAGCAGACGCUGUUACUGUUUCCAUGUUUUGGGAAUGUCUCCUUUGAUGUCUUUAAAAAAAAAAAAAACUAUUAAAGAGCUGUUGCUGGGUGAGCAGCAUGAGGCUGU